AUGGGUGCUUGUGAUGUCAAAUUAACCCUUAAAAAUGAAAGGGCAAACUAUAUCACCAGUUUGGAUACACUCCGCGGUAAAGUUGAGCUCAACGUAAACAGUGAAAUAACGGUGGAAAACGUUCAGAUCAAGUUUGAAGGUUUUGCAAAGACCAAAAUUGAAGUCAAGGAAAGAGUUCAUAAUGGUAACAGCUCCCAAACCAGAACACAAAUCAAGAGAGAGUCACACACCUUGGUGUAUAACGCAGUAACUUUAUUCCCACCCUCCAAUGUUCGUGAAGUUAGUGAUAAUAAAAAAUUCACAUUGACACCAGGAAAAUAUGAGUAUGAUUUUGAAAUCAAAGUUCCAUUAUUGAAUCAAUGUGCUGACGGUGGUGCAUAUGGUAGUCAUCAAUUGAGUGUUCUCCCUCCAACUUCCUCCUUAUCUGAUUUGUUCAAUAUACACUAUCUCCUUAAAGUCACAGUGAGAAGGACAACAUGGUACAAAGCAAAUAUUAGAGAGAUCAAACCAGUCAAUUUAAGGCCAUUUGACCCAAUUGAUGAAAUUAUAGCUUUUAGUCAACCAUUGUUUCUAAGAAAAGAUGAAGUUUUCAAAGGAAUGAUCCCUAAAAGGAUCGCACUAACUGAAAAGCCUACUGGACCAGAAUCUUACAAAAUUCCUGAAAAAAAGUCACUUGGUGGUAAAUCUUCAAGAUUCCUAAAAUCUGUCUUUGGUGGACAAGUUGAUGAGCCAAAUUAUGUUGAUUCAACAAUUGUUCCAUUCUCAUUAGAAAUCAGAAUUAACGGUCCUUAUCUGUCUAUGGGUCAAACACCAAAUCUGUCACUUUUCAUAACUUCCAAAUAUGGCCCUGAAAGAUAUAAAGGCAUAGAUAACCAAACUUCUGGCCUUGGUUCAUUUUACUUACAUCAUUUAAAGAUUGAUUUAGCAAGUUCCAUAUGCCUAGUUGCCCAAAGUGCUAGAAAGCUAUUAUUACCUGAAUAUUCUAUAUUCCAUCAAAAAGAUUUAAAUUAUCCAAUAGAUCUUGCAAACUUACAACCAAAUCCAUUAUCAAAUGAAACUUCAAACUCCCUCCCAUAUGAAUUAGAGCUAGAUCGCUCAAUGUUUGAAGGCGAUGCUGUAGUGAGAGCAGAUAUACCACCAACAUGCAGAACAUGCAAUAUAGAAAUCUCAUACAAGUUGAAAGUAACUGCAACAUUUGUGGAGAAUAUAGAUUCAUGGAGUUCAAAGAAAAUCGAAGUACAAGCCCCAGUGACAAUCCUUAGUGGUAUUCCUGCACCUGAAGAGUAUAUUGAAAUGAGACAAAUACCUCCUCAUAUUGCCCAACAAGUGUUGAGAAAUUAUCCUCCAGAGAUGUUUGCAGGUGGGAAUAAUAUGGGUGUUGAAGCUAUUUUCUCAAAUGAUGCAGAAAUCUCACCAAAGAUAUUGACUGGUGAGAAAGUUGAUGGGAAUCAAUUACCUUCUUAUCAAUCAGCUACUCAAAGUUAA